AUGUCUACGACUGCUUAUUGUGAGCCAAACUUCAUGAUAAUAACUUAUGGAGAACCAAUUAAAUAUACUUCGUACACCACAUUUGCUACGGAUUCAUGGGAUGAUUGUGUUAAGAAAUGUAGAAUAUUGUCGAGUUGUGUGAUGCAAACGUUUCAAUUGGCACAUUUGUCUGAAUUUCCUGUAAACUGCAAACUUUAUGAUGUAAAUAAAGUAUUCCAACUCAAAAAACUGCCACCGUCCCAGGAAUUACUAGUUGCAUUCAAAGUCGUUACAAAUAUCUGUCCCGCUAUUGCGGAAAACCCUCCGACAUUUGGGAAUCAAUCAAAUUAUGGUGUUGCUUCAAACAAUAUGGCUAAUUAUACAUAUGAAAUCAGCUACGGAGCGCUUCCAGUGUGUCCAGAUGGUUGGACUAUGUUCAGUCGACCCACUACCAAAUGGUGUAUUUUGGUCAUAGGCAAUCCAGACACCAUGUUAAAUUAUCCUGAAGCUCAAUCAUAUUGUGAAAGUCUUAAUUUGACAGUCACUGGAUUAGAGACUACAGAAGAACGGGAUUUCAUUGCGAUUGCGGGAGUGGAUAAUCUUGGUCCAGACUAUCCACAAUUCGCUGGAUUCUGGGUAUCUGGAAUGAGGAAGUCCGAGUGUUAUGCGGAUGGAUGA